AUGACAGGUACAGACGGGUAUAGGAGAGUGGUGGAGUUGGGCGGAUAUGUGGCGAGCGGGAGUGAUGAGGAUAGAGGGAUUGGAGGGAAUGGAAAAGAACUAAAAGAGAGAAGAGCGGAGACUAAAGAAGGGGAAAAUAUGGAAGAAUAG